UACUCUUACAACACGUUUAAAUUUAACAGAAUGUUUUCCAAACCCAAUCAGAUAUAAUUCAACUCUUCGUAAUUCCUCAUUUCGAAAUCAUGAGUUGCUGAGAAGACAGUAAUUUUAGAUCGGUUUUGCUCGUCUCUUUCCUCUGCAAUUCUCUCUGCAUAUCUUUCCCCGCCGGUGAAUCAAUGAAGCGAAUUGUGAGGUUUUUACUUGCUUAAAUUAAUUUCCUUUUGCUGGAAUUUUCGUUUCAAGUGAUUUGGUUUCAGUUCAUUUUGUUCUAGACUCAUUGUGCCGGUGUGUGAAAAUCAAAUUGAAAAAAAACUCUUAAUUAUGAUCCAGGAUCACGUUACAGCAUGUUAAUUGACCUUAUCAUACACUAUAACACUGUUCUUCUCUUGUUUUCGCGCCUGUGAUUCGUCUGCAGAUCACCUAGAUUUCGUAUAUGAUGCUGGAGUAAUUUCUUCACGACUCGUUGCGUCCAAUUGAUUCCUGCUUGUACUGUUUCUAUUCGUGAGUCGUAUUGAUGCUGGCUUGUUUCUUUGUGCGAUUCUAGAUUCCGUGGAUCAUGGAUACUGAGAGGAAAUUGAUAUACCAUGAGAGGCAAAGACUGCAAUUCUGCUUAUUGCACACCCUCAACAAUCUCUUCCAGGAGAAGGAUGCAUUUUCAAGAGCGGCAUUGAAUGCCAUUGCUCGAAAGCUUGACCUUCAGGAUCCAAACCAGUCAUCGUGGACUCCAUUGUCAGUAGUUUUUAAGUCUCAUCACAAUGUGGUUACAGGGAACUAUGAUGUCAAUGUACUGAUUGCCGCACUUGAAGAAAGGGGUAAGACGGUAAAAUGGCAUGAUCGGAGAUGUGGAGCAUCCGCAAUUGGUCUUGAUGAUAAAUUGUUUGGCAUCGUGCUCAAUGUUCCGGUCAAAAGGUAUGGCGGCCUGUGGAAAGGCAGGCAUUGGAUUGCAUUGAGAAGAGUUGAUAGUGCUUGGUACAAUCUGGAUAGUGAUUUUUCCUCUCCCUAUCAAUUCAAGAAUACCGAAGAAAUAACAGAACUCUUGGAUGGUGUGAUUUCAACUGGAGGCGAGAUUUUGCUUGUCAUGAAUGGCGAAGACUGAGGUUAAAGGAAGAACAAAAGAGUUUUGUUUUCGUCCUAUGGCUUUCGGUGGCCUAUUUGACGCAGCAUAAGGCUCUUGGUGUGACUAACUCUUUCGAACCUGAGAAGUUUAAGGCGUUGAUAAGUUCGACAUGGAAAGAGUUUUGUUUUUGUUUCUGUUUCUGUUUCGUGUCAUUCCUAUUCCUAAGCUGACUCAAGGCUUUGCAAGCUUCAAGUGUUUUG